CUGUACCAAUAAACAACCUGACACAGAGCGACAGGCAGCGGCAGAGGGAGUACCAGCCUGACAGACACAGGCGAGGGCUGAGUGUGCUGCUGUACCUGAGCUGCACGCGUUUUUCUCCCGGAAUGGACACUUUGCUGCCCGGAGUGAUCUUAGGUGAAACCGGUGUCAAAGAGCAGCAUCCUACUAGCCAAGCAGCCUCUUUGCGCACGGAAUCCAGAUGCUGUGACGGUUUUUCCUUCUGCAUCUGCAUCAUGGAAUGAUGGAGCGUGCAGCACAGGAAUAACCCCCGUCUGCUCUAAUGUCUGGUUAUUAGGCUACACCAUGUUUUUCCUCACUUGAUGUCUUGACAAAAGAUCUUCUCGUUGCCGGCAGCUGCACGCCUUACCUUUCCUACCUGUGCAUCCUGGCUGACAUCAUCUGUGUUGUGCAGAUUUUCCUCCGUUUUGCAUCAUCUCCUCCACAAGCAGCAGUUCAGAGUCAGACAUGCCUCCUCAACGCUGGCUGCUGACAACCCGCCAGCCCUCUUCUUCAUAAAGAUCCUCCAGGAACCGACAUGGAUGCUGGGAGCCGGGCUGUGAGGGUUGGAGAUGCUGCAGCAGCCAAUGUGACAGUAGCCCACCUCAGGCUGGAGCUCCUGAACGCCUCGAGUGCUCCGACCCGGUGGGACAGCAGCACGAGUCCGCCCGUGGGGGAGACCGGGCUGGCCGAGCAGGAGAGGAUCAUCCGGGAGCAAGCCUACCGGGACUUCACCACCACCAUCCAGGUCCUUAUCCUCAUCAGUUCGCUUCUCGGAAACGCCACGGUGUUGUGGUGCACCUGCUGCACCAACGUCUUCAAAUCUGUCACCAACCGGUUCAUCAAGAACCUAGCGUGCUCAGGGAUCUGUGCCGGCCUGGUGUGCGUCCCCUUCGAUGUGGCGUUGGGUGCCAGCCCGCGCUGCUGCUGGUGGCUUCACACUCUGAUGUUUUGCAAGACCCUCAAGUUCCUCCACAAACUGUUCUGCUCGGUCACUGUGCUCAGCUUCAGCGCCAUCGCACUCGACAGGUACUACUCUGUGCUGUACCCAUUAGAGAGGAAGAUCUCAGACACAAGAUCCCGAGACCUGGUCAUCUACAUCUGGGUCCACGCGGUGGUGGCGAGCCUCCCUGUGUUCGCAGUCACCAACGUAACUGACGUGUAUGUCACCUCGUCCUGCUCAGAAGACCACGCCCGCUCUCUGGGCCACAUGGUGUACGUGCUGAUCUACAACGUCACCACAGUGAUCCUCCCUCUCGCUCUGGUCUUCCUCUUCAUGCUGCUGAUCCGCAGAGCGCUCAGUGCAAGCCAGAAGAAAAAGGUGAUCAUCGCGGCGCUGCGGACUCCUCAGAACAGCAUCUCUAUCCCGUACGUGUCGCAGAGAGAGGCCGAGCUGCACGCCACUCUGCUGGCAGUGGUGCUGGCUUUCUCCGCCUGCAGCGCCCCCUACGGAGCCUUAGUGGUUUAUCGCACCAUUUUGGCAGACUCUAAAGAGCUCCCCAUCUCUCUGUUCCUGACAGCCCUCUGGCUGCCUAAAGUCUCCCUCCUCACAAACCCGCUUUUAUUCCUGACUGUGAACCGCUCGGCUCGUCACAGCUGUCUGGACCUGCUGGCCAGGAUUUACAGACGCUACAGCCGCCGGAACGUGGUCAGCACAGGAGGUCUGGCCUCUUUAGGAGCAGAGGGUGUGAUCGGGGAGCCUGUAGGACUUGAAACAGCCGGUAGAUCGGGGAGCCAGCUGCUGGAGAUGUUCAACAUCGGCCAGCAACAGAUUUUUAGACCAUCUGAGGAGGAAGAGGAAGAAGAGGAGAACGACAUCCCUUCACAAGGAUCAGGAGGCUGCUCUGUCCCUAAAGAGGACCAGAGUGCUCGGUCCAGACUGGGCAGCCUCAGAGGGGAGGGGAGCACCAAAAAGGACCCUCAACAGGGAGCAGGAGGAGGGCUGGUUAUCACAAAGGACUGCCCUCCUUCAGUCCCAGCACCUCGGGGCUCUCCGGUCCACACGUGUGCUUACGCCUCCUCCUCUCAGGUGGCCCCAGCUACACCCACAGAGGCCGAGGACUCUACGCAGUUCGGUUUUGGACCAUUCGAGCUGCCGCCUCAGUGGCUACCAGAGACGAGGAACAGCAAGAAGAGGCUGCUCCCUCCGCUCGGGAACACACCCGAGGAGCUGAUCCAGACCAAACUGCCCAAACCGAGGCCUGAACGGAGGAUCAGCAGGAACAACAAAGUCAGCACCAUCCCUGCUGUGGAUCCAUGAGCUCAAACUGAUUUGCAACAUUGGACACAACCAAUUUACAGAGUGGGCCUCUUGAGGGGGCAGGACAGUGAUGUGUAAAGCUGCUGGAGGAGAUGGAGUUUGGUUUAUCUCAACCGUUUCCCCUUUUUCCAGUCUUCUCAGUUGCAGAAUCUGGCGUUAGUGGAAGAGGCUGGACUCCUGCAGCUCUUCUAUCAGAACUAAAUCCAUUUAAUAUGAAAAAUAUACAAUGAUAUGAGAAAUCUGUCCACACAGUGUGACUCAUUCAAACUGGGAACUCCAACAAAAAGCAGCGUGAUUGAGAAGGCAGAUCACUUUUGAGUCUCCCUCUUUGAUGGAAGCUGGCAUCAGUAAUUAAACGAACACACUGUGCAGAUCUAAUUACCCUGAAAGAUGCACUGAUACAUUUCCAUUGCAAAUAAUGAUCCUCCUGACAAAACUCUUUUGUAUAAUGGUCAUGCUGUGAUUGCACUCUGUAAAUGAACACAUCUCAGUGUCAGUCUUUCUCUCUCCUCUGUGUGGGGCUGUUUUUUUGUAAGUUUCACUUCAGUGUUUGGGAUUUUAUCGCCUGUUGCUGGCCCUUUUUUCUCGACUCCCACUUUUGGAAUAAUCUGAUUUCUUCUAAUGUGAGUCAUUGUUUGUACAUUUGAUUGUAAGUGGAUUUGUGAGAUUAAAAAAUGCAGAUGUACAGAUUGCUGUUACAAGUUCUACAACUAUGUCAUUUGUUUAGAUUGUUUUUUGGACAACAAAAUAUAUCAAAAGAAUUGAGUGACAAUCCCUGUCUGUCUGUUUAGAUGGUAAUCACAGAGGAGAAUCAACCCGCCCAGGAUAUUUUUAGGCACAUUCGAUCCAUUUUAUUGAUUUGUCUCAGGUGACCUGAAAAUCAAUUUCUCAUUCAAAUGAUUGUGAAAUAAAACAAAUAAAAGAAGAACACUUUUCAUAUCA